AUGGUAGGGGGGAGGCAGCAGUGCAGAGGGGAAAUGUCAGCGGUGACAAAGCUGUCCUUGUCAGAAGGCGUGGGUGUGCAUGACGCUGGGAGAGGAGAUGGAGCCAUAGCUGCAAGGAACAACAGCUCAGGGAGCAGCGUCUCACCUGAGCCCCCGGCACCAGGGCUCGCUCGGGCAUCCCGACAGCCGCCUCCCGCCGUGCCGGGGGAAUCCCGGGAGCUCUGCAGUUUUCGGCAUGGCAGUGGACUGGCUCGGCUUUGGCUACGCCGCCCUGGUGGCAUCAGGAGGGAUCAUUGGCUAUGCAAAAGCAGCAAGUUCUCUGGGUCCCUGUGUUUUGAGAUCUGUGAACUUCUUGAGCCAGAGGUGAUGUGGUUGUGCUGUAGUGUUCCAUCACUAGCUGCUGGCCUUUUCUUUGGGAGUUUGGCUGGACUGGGUGCUUAUCAGGUCUCACAGAAUCCAAAUAACAUUUGGGUUUCUCUGAUUACAUCUGGAGCACUGACUGCUGUCAUGGGAACAAGAUUUUACCACUCCAGAAAAUUCAUGCCUGCAGGGCUAAUUGCUGGUGUCAGUUUGCUAAUGGUUGGAAGAUUAGCACUGAAGAUGUUGGAAAAGCCCCAGGAAAAGUAACUGUUAAUUUUACAUCUUAGUAUUUGGAAAAGGAAACCUGAUCAUGGAAUUGCAUGAAUGCAGAAGUGAGAAGAUGGAAAAAUUUUCUGUAUCAAGACAUUUUUUAAUCUUUUUUUGUAAGUGGGAGUACAGUGAUGGGACAGAUAGUUAUUAUAUGAGGUAGAGCUGUUUGUGUAUAGAGAGAAAUUGGUCCUGAUUUGAUUUUUCUGGCAUGUUUCAGUGUAUUUUAACACUUCCAUGUUUUUAUAUUCCAAAAUGUACUUCUGACAUGUAUGAAGCAGAUAGAAAAUAUCCUGUAAUUAAGAAAAUAUCUACAAAGAGGCACCAGGAGUAACUGGCUAAAUACAGUAGUGUGUCUCAAACCUUUUACACUGAGUAUUAUGGUGUGCUUUACCUGUUGCAUUCUGAAUUGAUACACCAUGUCUUUAUAAUGUCCAACAGAUCUUGCUUUUUUAUUGUGAAAUGAUGCUAAAAUGAUGCUUUUCUAUAAGUAAAAUUUGUUACAAACCUUUA